AUGAGUGAAGAACGUAAAGUAGCAUUAAUUACUGGUAUUACUGGUCAAGAUGGUUCAUAUUUAACAGAGUUCCUUAUUAGUAAGGGCUAUUAUGUUCAUGGUAUUAUUCAGAAGAUCUUUCAUCAUUUUAAUACCAUUGUAAAAAACAUUUAUAUCAAGAUCGACAUGUUGAAGGAAAAAGAAUCACUUACUUUACAUUAUGGUGAUUUAACAGAUGCUAGUAAUUUACAUAGUAUUGUUUCAAAAGUUAAUCCAACUGAAAUUUAUAAUUUAGGUGCACAAAGUCAUGUUAAAGUUUCAUUUGAUAUGUCAGAAUAUACAGGUGAUGUUGAUGGUUUAGGUUGUCUUCGUUUAUUGGAUGCAAUUCGUAGUUGUGGUAUGGAGAAAAAGGUUAAAUAUUAUCAAGCUUCAACCUCUGAAUUAUAUGGUAAAGUUCAAGAGAUUCCACAAUCAGAGACCACACCAUUCUAUCCACGUUCACCAUACGCUGUCGCAAAGCAAUAUGCCUAUUGGAUCGUUGUAAACUAUCGUGAGGCUUACGAUAUGUAUGCAUGUAAUGGUAUCUUAUUCAAUCAUGAAUCACCACGUAGAGGUCCAACUUUUGUAACUAGAAAGAUCACUCGUUUCGUUGCUGGUAUUGCAUGUGGUAGAGAUGAAAUUCUCUACUUGGGUAAUAUCAACGCUAAACGUGAUUGGGGUCACGCUAGAGAUUACGUUGAAGCAAUGUGGUUAAUGUUACAACAAGAGAAGCCAGAAGAUUUCGUUAUUGCCACUGGUGAAACUCAUUCAGUUCGUGAAUUUGUUGAAAAAUCAUUCAAAGAAAUUGAUAUCAUCAUCAAAUGGAGAGGUGAAGCAGAAAAAGAAGAAGGUUACUGUGAAAAGACUGGUAAAGUUUACGUUAAAAUUGAUGAGAAAUAUUACAGACCAACUGAAGUUGAUCUUUUACUUGGUAAUCCAAAUAAAGCAAAGAAAUUAUUACAAUGGCAAAUUAAAACUUCUUUUGGUGAACUCGUUAAAGAAAUGGUUGCUAAAGAUAUUGAAUAUAUUAAAAAUGGUGAUAAAUAUAAUUAA